GAAGAGAGGGAAUUGGCCAGGGAUCUCUAUAGUCUCUUCCCGAGGAACAGCAACGAGACACGAGACUCGAGCGGGAUGUGAUAAAUACUACACCUUUCAUAUCCAGCCAUACUUUAUUAAUAUCACAGGAAUAUACUUUUAAAGCGCUUGAACUGGAGUUUAAAGCGUUUUCACGAUGCCGUUUUUGGAUUCUCGCACGACAUUCAUCCCCAACAGGGAUUUUUACCUGACUUGAGAAGACGUUGGGUACAUGACAUCAUUCUAGCUGGAUACUCUUCCCAAGGUUACUCUUCUGGAUAUAGCUUCCCAAGUCCACCAGCAUCCCCCUGUGGCCCAGUGGUGGAUAACACAUUGGAUUUAAACUUUACCAAGCCGGUUUGAACCAUGGAUGACCUCAUAGCCAGACACUACAACUUCACAGGGAAAUUUCGUAAGGUCGUCGACGACCGUGGACUCAAAGCCGACUCUGUAGUUUUCAUCAUCGUGUGCUGCUUCAUCAUUCUGGAAAACGUUCUGGUUCUCCUCACCAUAUGGAGGACCAAGAAGUUUCACAAGCCCAUGUACUACUUCAUUGGGAACUUGGCUUUGUCGGAUUUGUUGGCCGGAGUGGUUUACACUGCAAACAUCUUGUUGUCCGGAGCCAACACUUAUAAACUGACCCCGACUCAGUGGUUUUUCAGAGAAGGGAGUAUGUUUGUGGCUCUCGCCGCUUCUGUGUUCAGUCUAUUUGCCAUCGCUAUCGAGCGACACCUGACCAUGCUGAAGAUGAAACUUCACAAUAAUGGCAAAACGUGCCGGGUGUUUAUGCUCAUCAGCACCGUGUGGUUCAUCGCUGCCAUUUUGGGCGGCUUGCCCGUCAUGGGUUGGAAUUGCAUUGAGAGCAUGAACAACUGCUCGACAGUUUUGCCUCUCUACCACAAGGCUUACAUCCUCUUCUGCACCACCGUAUUCAGCGUCAUCCUCAUGGCCAUCGUCAUCUUGUACGCCCGCAUCUACGCCCUGGUUCGCACCCGGAGCCGUAAGCUGGUCUUCCGCAAGGUCCCCAAUGGCCGCGGCUGCAACAAGAGCUCGGAGAAGUCCAUGGCACUUUUGAAGACCGUCAUCAUCGUGCUGAGCUGUUUUAUUGCGUGUUGGGCACCACUCUUCAUCUUGUUGCUCCUCGACGUGGCCUGCCAGAUCCGUGCCUGCCCGAUCCUCUACAAGGCCGAGUGGUUCCUGGCCUUAGCCGUGCUUAACUCCGCAAUGAACCCUCUCAUCUACACCCUGACCAGCAAUGAGAUGCGCAGGGCCUUCAUCAAAAUGCUCCACUGUGGGAUCUGCAGCCAGCCCGCCGGCAAGUUUUCAAGGCCCAUCAUGGGUGCCGAGUUUAGCCGGAGCAAGUCCGACAACUCCUCCCACCCGAAUAAGGACGAACCGGAAUAUUCGCCCAGGGAAACCAUAGUGUCCACCGGGAAUAUCACUUCUUCUUCAUAAAAAGUGCACUAUUGACUUCAUGCAUAGCAAAAGUGUGUGUUAGUUGUUUCUGGUUUCCAUAGGCCAGAAAUGGGAGAAAUCAGGAUUCGUUGCAGCUCGCAGUGUGGAAAGACUUUAAGACUUUGCUUCCUGUUAUUCCUGAUGGACCAUCAGCAUGGAAAUGUUUGUGCCCUUCAGUAUCCGAACAAGCUAGGAAAGCACUUAACCAAUAAUUAUUCAGUGUUGUUUGUCCACUUUCAUCCCUGUCAAACAGAAACAACGAGAACCCUUUAAAGUAGCACUUUUUUGUGAAAGUGCUCCUUGAGAAACCAACAUAGACAUUACUGACUUUCUUACAAAUGGACUACAAAUGUGGAAAAAUACUAGUUUGUCAUGGUCGUCUUGUACUACAUUAUCGAAAUUAAAUAAAAGAAAUGCA